AUGGAUGAGCUCAGGCGCGUCAUCUCCGACAACCCGGUCGUGAUCUUCACGAAGACCAACUGCGCGUACUGCGCGGAGGCCGAGCGGAUUCUCCGGGCUCUGGGCGCCGCCCCGCACAUUGUGAAUGCCUUCAAGGACAACAACGGCGCGGCGCUCCGCGCGGAACUCAAGGAGAAGACCAACCACACGACCUUUCCCUACGUCUUCGUGGGCUCCGAUUUCGUGGGCGGCUGCGCCGAGGUCAAGCAGCUGUCCACCAGCGGCCAGCUCCAGGGCAAGCUCGCCGCCGCGGGCGCCCUGCGCGACGCCAGCGGCUCCAGCGACUCCUCCGACCCGCAGCUCUACCGCCCGUUCGGGUCCUGGAAGGCUCGCCUCGCGCCCGCCCUCUUCCGGUUCCCCCACACCGUCGACGGGCACGUCGUGCGCGUCUCCGGCGUGCUCACGUGCUUCACGUCGAUCGCGCUGGGCAUCUGCGGCGGCCUCGAGCAGCGCUGGGCGCACUACGCCACCGCGGCCUUCUUCGCCGACUUCGUUCUGCGCUUUUGGGCGGGCAGCCGCGCCUCGGCGAUCGGCACCGUGGCGCAGCUCAUCUGCGCGCGCUGGAAGCCGGACUGGCGCAAUGGUCCGAGCAAGCAGUUCGCGACGUUCGUGGGCACGAUGAUGACGGCGAUGGGCACGGCCUUCUUCUUCGGGUCGAUCGAGGAGGGGGCGCUGCGGUGGAUCGGCAUGGCGUGCCUGCUGAUCCUGGCGUUCUUCGCGGGCCUCGAGGGCUUCCUGGACUUCUGCGCCGGCUGCUGGAUGUUCUCGAUCGCCAUCCGCCUGGGCCUCGUGCGCGACUCGGUCUACCACGUGCACGUCCACGAGAAGGGCUCGCAGAUGGCCGCGUGGAUGUUCUACCACACGAACUACGGCCUGGGGGAGCCCGAGGAGAAGGUGCACCGCGUGCGCGGCCACGCGGAGAGCGAGGUGGACGCCAAGUACAAGGUGAAGACGGAGGAGCACCGCCUGAACGGGUUCGGGCCGAUCAAGCACUGCAAGCUCAUGUUCUUCAUGAUCCCGCUGUCGAUCGCCGCGCUCGCCAUUGCGUUCAAGGAGGCCGCGGAGGGCGGGAGCGACCUCGAGGUCGACGACACCACGUGGCACACGGUGGGCCUCAUCGCGGCCGGCACGUGGUUCGUGCUCGCGGUCCUGACGAUGGCCCGCGCGGUCAUGUACCCGCACAAGAUCUGGACGGAGCUGGACUGCCUCGAGCGCGGGAACUUCGCAGCCGUGCCGUUCAUGUGCCUCCUCCUCUUCGCGGCACUGAUUCCCACGGACAGCGGGGAGGUCGCCAAGGGCAUGGACGGCCUCGCGCGCGCGCUGUACUGGAUCGGGUUCGUGCCGACGUUCCUCGUCGCCGCGACGCGCGUGACCAAGUGGAUGAGCCACCGCUUCACGCUGGACCACGUGUCGCCGUCGUACCUCAUCGCGCCCGUCGGGCUCCUGCUCGCGACGCUCGCGUCCGGCGCCGUCGAGACGCUCGAGGGUGCCGGCGGCGAGAACCUGGCGUACUCGGAGACUGGGUUCUUCGCAUACGGCUUCGCGGCGUUCUCCGCCGCAGUCCUGCUCCCGCUGACGUUCCACGCGUACGUCAUGAACGCGCACGGCAACGACGCGAUGCGCUUCGGCGCGUGGAUCUGGGCCGCGGCCCUCGCCGUGCUCUCGAUCGCCACGGACGUCGUGACGGGCUCGUUCAUGGGCGUCGUGGCGCGCCUCUUCUUCUUCGCGGGCUUCGCGCUCAGCCUGGCGCUGAUCCUCGCGACGUUCUCGGGCUACCUCGGGCGCGGCAAGUGGACGCCCGAGUGGUGGGCCACGGGCUUCCCCGUCGCCGCCGUGGCCGCAACCCUCGUGCGCUACCACAAGUGGCUCCUCCUGAACACCAACCGCACGGGCUUCUCCGAGUGGCUCGCGUGGGGCGGCCUCGCGGUCGCCUCCGCGCUCCUCGUCCUGCACGCGCUCUGGACCCUCGUCGAGCUGGCCAAGGGGAAGAUGUUUGUGUCGCUGCCGCCGUUUGCCGCCAUCUCGAUCAUGAAGCUCACGCACGACGCGAUCCGCGGCGCGGAGGCGCGCAUCAAGGGUCUUGCCGAGGGCGCGGGCUCGCACCCGGCCGCGCACGCCGAGCUCGCCACGGAGGCGCGCAUGCUGGCCACGAUCAUGGCGGAGCACUCGAAGCACGAAGACACGGUCGUGUUCAAGGAGGUGUCGGACAUCCUGCCCGGGGCGAUGGACGCGUACGAGAAGGACCACGAGGAGAUCGACAAGGUCGUCGAGCGGCUGUUCCACGACGCCGAGGGCCUGCGCAAGGGCGGCGGCGCGGCAAAAAGCGUCGAGGAAACCAUCAAGGAGCUGUACAAGGUGACGCUGCCGCACCUGCAGCAGGAGGAGGAGAACAUCCAGCAGCUCGUGAGGAAGCACCUCCCGCUCGCGCUCCAGAAGCAGCUCGUGCGCCGCGUGUGGGAGGCCACCCCCCCCGCGACAUGGAUGGAGAUCAUCCCAUGGGUGGUCAACAACCUGCCGCGCGAGGACCAGCGCGUCAAGUACCUCCGCGGCUGGAUGGACGCCAUGCCCGAGCGCUGCCACCAGAUCGGCCGGUUCGUGUACCUGGGCACGUCGGCCUCCGCCUGGGCCACGCUGCGCGUCCAGGUCCCCGAAAUGGUGCCGCGCGGCGCCCCGGGCUGGUUCCACCUGUGGUAA